AAAUUGGUCUCUGAAUUCACCGGACGCUCUGACGACUGUUUUCAGGAAAUCGAUCUAUUAGUAGUAUCAUCGAUGGACGACGCGGCGCCGCUCGUGUCUGAGCCGCCGGCCAGGGACUGGUCGCUGCUGCCCCUCGACGUUCUCUCAUUGAUCUUCCCCCGGGUCGGCGCCGUCGACGUCCUCAUGGGCGCCGGCCUCGCGUGCCGCUCGUGGCUCGAGGCGGCCAAGUUGCUAGAAUUGUGGCGAGCCGUGGACAUGGACAAACACCAGGUCGUGUUCUGGAAGGACGAUGAUGUCCUGUGCGCAAUGGCAAAGGCGGCCGUCGAUCGUUCCGACGGACAGCUUCGGUCGUUCGCCGGCAAGCUAUUUGUCACCGAUGAGCUCAUGAAGUAUAUAGUGGAGAGGUGUUUUUUCAUCCGUUACUUAGCUUUCUGCUCGAGUUUUUAUGACUAAUUCGUAAAAAUUCCCAUACUACCUAACUAGUCCGUCCACUGUGCUCCUAUAAAAAGUUAAAAACAUUGCACUAUUGUUUGCAGAUCACCCUCGCUGACCACCCUUCGGCUUGUAUCCUGCCGUGACCUCUUCCUUGGCCGUGUUAUACAAGAGUCGUCUCUGCUGGAGCUGCGUUCCCUGGAGCUCUAUGACAUUUCCCUCACCGUCGGUGACCUGACCGUUGUCCUGGAGUGCUGCCCUCUCCUAGAGGUUCUUUGGGUGCGCAACUGCUUCCGGAUCGACGAGGAAGACGAGCAUGCCCUGCCAGCGAAAUUCUCCAGGAUCAAGACCCUGACGCUUUUGUGAUGGCGUGUUCAGCUACAAGUUUUUUAUUUCAAAAGCUACGACUGCGAUCAA